CAUGAUUAGAAUGAAGACUCACAAUAUAACUUAGAAUAGACGCUUAGUAUAUUUAUGCAAAUAUAGCGACCAAUGACCGGCGCGGUGUAGCUUACAAUAUGGAUAAUCAGAAACGGAAAGACGGAUGUCACAAAUGGUUGGUGUUUGGUGCUACCUACAUCCUAGCGGUAAUCAACAUUGGCAUGUUCUAUUCAUUUGCUGCCCUGUUUGUGCCAAUUAUGAACAGAUUUGGCGCAUCAAGAGCUGAAACAGCCAUCGUUCAGUCGACUUGUGGUGGAGUACUUCUUUGCUCUGGGUUCAUAUCAGGCAUUCUUAUUCACCGAAUGAAUGAAAGAACAGUCGGAAUUGUUGGCUCUUUGAUUAUAUUUAUCGGAAUGUUUUCAUCUGUAUUCGCUACGUCCGUUUUUGUAUUGGUGAUUUCACUUGGCGUGCUAUUAGGGGCCGGAAUGUCACCUAUAGUUAUUGGGACAAUUUCUAUUACCGGAAAACAUUUUGAAGGCAGCAACCUAAACAGAAUUGUUAUGUCUGUGCUUUCAACGGGCUCCGGUGUUGGUGGGAUUAUAUAUCCUUACAUCAUUGCAUACCUUGAUGAACAAUACGGCCUUCCGGGAAUUUUCAUGAUACUGGGCGGAGUGUUACUGAACAACAUAGCGCUAAUGAUACUUUGGUCAUCUGAUAAUAAACCACAUAAGGAAAAGAAAUCGACGAACGCGCCAGCAAAAGAAACACAUGAUAAUCCUGCAUUUCAUAUGAAGGAAAUAACAUCUUAUAACACAGAAAUCUCACAAAGGACACAGCAAGCACAUCAGAAUAAUAUUCAACAUGAAGCUCUCACAAGCACAAUUAAUACGGAACAUAACACAAACAUUGUGAUAAUUGAAAAGCUUGAAACCACGUGGGGUAAAAAUCGAGGAAACGGUGAAAGCAAUAAAAAAACAACAGAAACGAAGUUGAUCAUUAAAGAUAGUUUGUUAUCUCUAAUACGGAACAAAGUAUUUAUGAUGUAUUGUGUCAGCUUUUCCUUUGCAAUGCCAGCACUCAAUGUUCCUGUAAUUUUUAUAGUUGAUAUUUUCGUUAGUAGGGGAUUUUCAAUGAAGAAUGCUAUCUUUGCUUUGCUAAUGUUCAAUGUUUUCAGUGCGCUUGGACGCAUAUGCCCGGGACUACUUUUGAAAAUACCUAGCAUGCCAAUUCUUGGAGUACCAAUGUUAGCAUUACUUUUGAGUGCUAUAGGAACUGCGUUUAUGCCUUUGGUGGCUUCGUUAUCGCUUAUGAUCUCAGUAACAUGCCUAAUUGCACUGGGAAGCGGGAUGUGUAUUUCAGCGCUUGGUGCCACUACCAUUGACCUAGUUGGCACCGCAGAUUUAUCUAAUGCAGUUGGUAUGUUGUUUACGCUAAAUGGAAUUGGAUUUAUGGCUGUUGGACCUCUCAGUGGAUAUAUACGUGAUACCACGAAUAGCUACACCUACCCACUAGUCAGUGCCGCAUCAGCUAUUGCUGUUGGAUUUGUGGUUCUUGCAAUAGCCCUGCAGUACGAACGAUCUGAGGCCAAACUAAGAAAGCACGUGACCAAUACUGAACUUAUUGUGACGUAAUUUGAUGUUGGCGGAUAGUUUUGUCGCCA